GUCUCGCGCCUGACCUUCGCUUGCGCGGAAGUUGAGUGAAAGUGGCGUCUGGCAUUUAGUCUGACAUUUCCAUUACCACUUGAUGAUUGACCAACAAGAUCGGCGUAUAGGACGACGCAGAGCGUAUGUCGGUGUGUUGCCCACAAUCCAUUAAAGUAAUUCAGAAGAGUUGAGGGAGUGUUUAUGUGCAUCGCACGCAGGCUCCCCACUUGACUGCUGAGCCCUUUAUGCAAUCCGCUGUGUGCUCUCAUCAUGGGCUCGCAUCCUCCCAUCUGAGUUGAUACCAUCUUCAUUUGGUCUUAAGGUAUACAUUCCCUACUUGAGUCAUCCUAAAACGACCACGUUUCUCGACGAUUUGCGCGUUGCAGAACAACGUCUUGACGCCAAUGUAGGCCGCGUACAGCUUUAAUAAAUCAUAGCGUCUUUUUGGUGGAGAAUUGUGUGCGUUGUGCUGUAAGAGAGAGAGGGAGAGAGAGAGUGUGAGCGCGCGUGAGGAGGAGGAAGACGACUCCUCGUUUGUGAUGCAGCCCGCGCGACUCCGUCCCCAACUGAGCUACUUCUUCAAGCGGCUCUAGCGCAAAACCACCGCCGUGCGAGAGGGCUAUACAUAGAGAGGCUUGGGCGCGCGGCGGCGAGGAAGAAAUAGACGGAUAGAGGUAUUUAGAUAGAACGGAAUCGAGAGAGAGUGAGAGAUAAAAAUAGAAAAGGGAGAAAGAUUGGGGGGAGAGAGAGAGAGAGGGAGAGGGAGAUAGAGAGAACGAACCCCGACGGACAGACACUCGCGUCUAUCCAGCUGCCCCUGCAGAAGCGCGCGAGCACAAAUAGGUUACAUGAACACAUGCGCGCAUAACACGCGCACGCGCCUACUCCUUCGCUGGCGCACAUGUACAGCGGGAGACGGCGGAACAGUUGAGAGCGGGGUCCCGCGGUUUACAGGCUACCCAAAGCCCAUGUGUGUGUGUGUGCGUCCGCGGCGGCUGCCUGCCUACCUCCUCUGUAUUCUCUCUAUGCCUCACCCGGGACAGGAAUAACGGAAUACCCGGAGCUUUUCAACAGCGACUGAUUGUGAACCCCCACUCCACCCCCACCCCCCUUACAGCGUCUAUACGGAACCGCCAGAUAUCGCAGCGCCGCGGAGCAGGACUACAUGCAGCAGUCCACACACUAUAGGACGAUUGGAUUACAACACUGAUGUUUGAUUCGCCGGCCCUUUUGGUGAAGUUAUAACGGGGAUUUCAUUCAUUCGUUUUUAGUUUUUUUCUCUCAGAACGUCGUGGGGAUAUUUUCCUAUCGGCGUGUGCUCACCCCCCCAGUGGAUGCAUGGUUUCGCAGAGAAGGCACACUGUUGCAAUGUGCUUUCACACCGCCGUUCCGGAGCUAUGUGGAAGGGAGACGCUGGGAUGAAGAGGUCGGUCAGCAUGUCAGCCGGCAGCGGCAGGAGGACCCGACGGAGCCCUAGCAGGGGCGCUGGUACGGGCGCCAACAACUGUACCAGCAGCAGCGUCAGCGGCACCCGAUGUGGAGCUCUGUUCCCGCUGGUCCUCGUGGCGGCGCUGGCGCUCCUCGCCGGGUCCGCCUCCGCCCAGAAGCGGGGCGGCGGCGGCGGCGGCGGAGGGGGAGGCGGCCAGGAGAAGGUGCCGGUGCUGAACAUCGCGGUGAUCCUGGGGCGGACCCGCUACAUCUCGGACCGCGACAUCCGCGCGCUGUGGAGCAAGGAGGAGCCGGUGGACGUCAACGUGCUCACGCUGCUGGUCAACGAGACGGACCCCAAGAGCAUCAUCACGCACAUGUGCGACCUGAUGUCCGGCACCAAGAUCCACGGCGUGGUGUUCGGCGACGGCACCGACCAGGAGGCCAUCGCCCAGAUUUUGGAUUUUAUUUCCUCGCAGACACUCAUCCCCAUCCUGGGCAUCCAUGGGGGAUCCUCCAUGAUCAUGGCCGACAAGGUGCGUACACCGUGGCGGUGAGAUGGGUGGGUGGAUGAUAGAUUGGUUGGAUGGAUGGGUUGGUUGGAUGGGU